AAAGUUUCUAGAUCACCACCUCUGGUGGCCCGUAUUUUCUAGACUCUACCAGAAAAUCUAUAUAUUUUCUACCUGUUGAUUUUAUCAGUCGAAUUAAAGAAAGGGAUAUAUCGGUUAUAUAUAGAUUCGCUUUUAUUUGUACAUUUGAAAAGUUGUGGAUCCGCCCACAUGUAUUAAACCACGUGACUGCUGUCAAUAACUUCCGGUUAGGUCUUGGCUCAUUCAGAAGGAAAAAAUAUAGGAAAAGAAUGGGGCAUUACUAGUAGAUUUUUCACAAUUUUGGAGAUUUUACUCCGAAGAUGGCCACAUCGGAGACUGUAGCGAUUGUCAUAGCGUCUGACGAUGAGAGUGAUAGUGAUGUUGAAAUUCUUCGAGAGGAAAAGAACGAAGAUUUGGAUGUGAUUUUUGUUGCAGAGACAACAGUUAAAACAGUGACACAAAUAGAAAUGGGAACUGGUGGAGGGCAACCUGUAAAGACUGUCCAAUCAUGUGAAAACUUACGACGUAACAUUGGAGUUGACCUACCGAUGGACGAAUGCACAAACGAUGACACCAACCCUGCAGUCACCACGCCCCUAGAUCUGUCAUCGAAAAAAUGCUCUGAUGACGACUUAGAUCUGGACCCCAGCAGCUCUUUCAUGACAGAACAAACCGCGAGUACUUUAUCAGACUUUCUUAAGGAGUCAUUCCCUCCAAAUGUAAAAAUUCUGUCCAAAUCAGACAGUAUAUGUGUGUCCCACAGCUGUGAUAAUUCUGACCCUAAGACAGUGGACAUACAGCCUGACCAAUAUCCCAAGAAAAUGGAUCUGUUUGAUAGCUCCCUGUCUCCUGGGACCAGUUUAUCCACGACAGAUAUAGCCAAUAUUGAUUCUCUUCCUGCCGUGAUUCCCCCCAACACAACUGUUGGUGAUAUACCGGUGGUAUGUUCAGAUAGCGUCAGCAAAUCAUCAAACAAACGUCAAGGUUCGUCAAACGAAAAUGUGUACAUCAGGAAAAAAGUGAAAAAAGAGAUUGACAUAUUUAAUACUGAAGCCUGGAAGUCUCUGGAUUUGGACUUCUUGACCGAAUCCAGCUCCAGCGUUUACCCAAACAACAGCAGCUGUGAUAACAAAUCUGUGACUGGCUCCAAUGGAGCCCCUGCCAAUGCAGUAUGUGGGCGGUCAUUCAGUGUUUCUACUGAAACGUCCACCAAGCACCUGCCUCCCAAGAAACAGAGCUGCUUCCGUCAGGCCAGCGAUCCUGGUAUCCAAGCUCGUCCCCCAUCACCCCAGCCUUCAUGUAGUAGCUGGGGGUCAGAGAAAUGUACCAGCUGUAAUAUCUCACUCCUCGGUUUCCGAAUCUCCCGAUGUAUUCAGGGUCAUCCGACCUGUGCCUUUUGUCUGGAGGAACAAGUCAAACUGGUUCUGACAGGAAAAACCAAGGAAUCAUUACUAUGUGUCCAGGGUGGAUGUGACAGCUACUAUCCAAUGAGUGAGCUGAAACAGUCUCUGCCUAGCAUGGUGGUGGAGAUUUUGGAAACCAAGCUGGAUGACGACUACAUUGAAUACAUCGCCAACAUGAUAGCAAAGAAGACAUCUGAUGAAGGUUGUAUAGAGGACAGGGAUUCCGACAACAGGACGUGUGGCUGGGGAGACAGGCAGCUGGAGAUGGAGGAUGAGGGAAGGCAGAAGAUACCUGAGGACUGGCCAGAGCACUGGGAAUACAUGGAUGCCAGACAGGGCUUUUUAAUGGUAGAUCUAGUGCCAGAUUCUCCGGAGUACAUAGAAGUAUGUUCAAAAUUUUACGAGACGCUACAUUUUCCUCAAGCUGACAUCGUAAAGAUCAGUCGCAUUCAGAACCCAAUCCUCUGGAAGUACUUCAGUGUAAAGAGAACGGAAAUGACCCAUGAGAAUGACGGCCUCGCUGUUGCAGAGAAGUACCUGUUUCAUGGGACGCAUGCUUCUGUCCUGGAGGCCAUCUGUAGGAAGGGCUUCGACUGGCGAGUGUGCGGCAAAAACGGGACUGUGUACGGACAUGGUUGUUAUUUUGCCUCAGACUCCUCCUAUUCCCACCAGUACACAGACAAGGCAGACCGUCGUCGAGGGUUACAUAUGAUGCACGCUGCAGGGGCGUUCCUUCACAUGGGCGUUGUUCCGUUCCAACACUUUCCAAAUUCUGCUAGGUCUUUUUCCUUUGUCUCUGUGCCAUCGCAGAUUGUUGUCCCAUCUACGGUAUUCUCCAGGCGGAGACUGCAAGCCACAUCAUCAAUGUCCAAUAUAGGCCCAGCUUCAAGCACAGGGGGUGAUGAUGGAAGCUCUUCAAGUGCCACCCCUUCAAACACUUCAUCCAGUGGCUCAGGGUUCUCUCAGACAGUCAUCCAACAACCUGCUGCGGAUUCCUCAGCUAACAGUGCACAGGAUCUUGGGCAGAAUGGGAUCAAACCUCAGAGAUGUCAAUGGUCAAUUAAUUAUGCAAGGCAAAAUGGAAAUUUUACCAGCACUAAUGAUCAGAUGAUAUCUGGACUUAAUUCAUCCUCUGGGACAGGCUCCUCCAAUAGCAACACUCAGACUAAUUUACUCAAUCAGUUCAAUAAUCUACCAGGAUUUUCCACUCAGAGUUCAUCUCUUAGUAACACUCAAAAUGUUUUAACCAACCAGAAUUCUUCUCUGGGUGCUCAGAGUAUUUUGUCCAAUCAGAAUGCAUCUCUAAAUAGCACUCAAAAUUUUCUGACCAAUCAGAAUGGUAACAGCUUUAUACAGUCCCAGAAUGCACCAUCCCCUAUUGGGGUUUCCUCUUCUGUCCAGAAUCAGCAAGGCACAGUAAUGCAACAAAUGGUUCCCAGCUCCUCUCAACAACUGGUUCAAGUCAAUCCAGGUCCCUCCCAUCAAGGCAAUCCAGGUCCCUCUCAACAACUGGUUCCUGGUCCCUCCCAUCAAAUCAAUCCAGGUCCCUCCCAUCAAGUCAAUCCUGGCCCCUCCCAUCAAAUCAAUCCUGGUCCCUCCCAUCAAAGCAAUCCAGGUCCCUCCCAUCAAGGCAAUCCAGGUCCCUCCCAUCAUGUCAAUCCUGGUCCCAGCCAACAAGUCAACCCAGGGCUCUCCCAGCAGGAUCUUUCCUCAGUCGCUGGGGGAGGAUCUGCUCUCAAGCAGAUUCCUUUGCGUAGCAUGCUUUUCUCAAGGCGUCAUGCUCUGCAGCACAAGCUUAUGCCACAGAAUAUUUGUCACUCUGGUAGAGAAAUGGGGGAGAAAACUCUCCAUAAAAUGUUCAUGGCAAAGGUGCUAGUUGGUCGGUUCACAGGAGGAAGCAGUUCAUACCGGAAACCUCCACCUCUGGAUCCUGUCAACGAUCCUUACGGAAAAUGUUACGAUUCGUGUGUGGACAAUAUUCAUAAUCCAAAAGUGUUUGUCAUUUUUGACAGCAGUCAAUCCUAUCCUGACUACCUCAUAGAAUACAACUACUCCAUGUAAAUUCGACAUAGAAUACAACUACUCCAUGUGAAUGUGACAUAGAAUACAACUACUCCAUGUAAAUUCGACAUAGAAUACAACUACUCCAUGUAAAUGUGACAUAGAACACAACUACUCCAUGUAUAUGUGACAUAGAACACUAGUACAUCAUGUAAAUGUGACAUAGAACACAACUACUCCAUGUAAAUGUGACAUAGAACACAACUACUCCAUGUAAAUGUGACAUAGAACACAACUACUCCAUGUAAAUGUGACAACUACCCCAUGUAAACUUAGAUAUUACUUAAGGGUGACCUCAGUAUGAAUUUAUGAUUUUGUUUUAUAACAGAUGGAAGAGAGUUGAAGAUCGAUUCUCAUUUGAUUACAAAUUAUCGAAAUUCUUUUAACAAUGCAAUGAAGAAAAAAUGAAGUUGAAAAUGUUGGCUGUGCUUUUUUGACAUUUUGUGAUAUAUGAUUUACUUGUUAAAGAUCAUUUUGUAUAUGUGAAUCUAUUGUAUGACUUCAAAACUAUGUUACUUAAUUGUACAAACUGUAGUUACUAUGGUUACUUAACAUGUAUGAUUGCAUUGAAUGUGAGACUGUGUUUUGUUAGGAAACCAGGAUUGUGAUUUUGACAUGGUUGUUCUUUUUUUAAAGGGUUACCUCCCCCUAAAUCUUGUGAUGCAGUGCAUGGUUUUUGUCAGGUUACCUCCCCUGAAUCUUGUGAUGCCGUGCAUGGAUUAUUUGUUUGCUUUACAUAGUUUAUUUGCAGAAUACGAGUAGAAUGAACGUCCAGAUUUUCUGUUGAUACAAAUCCUGUGCAGAUACAUGUCUGUCCUUUGCUGUUCAUUGUAUCAAUGAUAUCAGGUUCUUUUUUUUCUAUACCAAACCUGUGAGGGUAUCUUUGUUUUAGAGUGUACAUAUCUUAGCAAUUUUGUAUCAUGGUGUUUAUUUUUAUUGGCAACUCUUGUUAUGUAGUUUAUCCUCCCAAACUUUCACAUAUAAAAUUCGUGAUAUAGUGAGUAUGCCAGUGUUAAAUAUAACAAAUAUAUAACCUGGUGAUAUAUACAUGUGUAACACAAUGAUACAUGUAUAUAUAUGUACUUCCAAAGGAUAGGAAUUAACAUAAUCAUGUUACGGUUUUCUCAAUUCUGAAAGUUAUGUACUAUAGCUUUUGUUCUGUCAAUAUUAAUUCACAUUUCAAAUAUCUCAGUUUCUGUAGCAAAAAGAAAAAACAAAUGAUACAAAAAACAAACAAAAUGUCAUCACAUAUCUUGUUAAUGUUCAGUGAAAUUUGUAUUAAAAAGAAAAUGGGGGUUUUAAAAAAUCCUGCACUGGCAUGCCCGGUGACAAUUAAGCAAAUUGAGGGUUUUAAUUCAAAUAGUUUUUAAAGUUUUAACAGAAUGAAUCUGCAGGAUUUGUUCUAGCAAUAGACCAUGUCGCCAUUACUUGUUCAAACAAUUGAUUUGUUCAAACAAUACAAUAUGUCAGCAUGAUUUGUGCAAACAGUAAAAAAAAAAUUUCAAACAAUGGAAUGUGUCGACAUUUAUUCAAACAAAAAUAAAUUCAAACAAUUGAUUUGUUAAAACAAUAGAAUGUAUCCUUACGGGUUGGCUCAGCACUGUCUUUGAGUAAAUGCUUCAAGAAAGGUGAUAGAUUGACUGAAGAAUUAACAUUGUCCAAUAUUUUUAACACCUGAGUUAGAUCUUAACUGGAAUCUCGAUGAAUUAGAAUCUUCCCAAGCACAAAAUACAGGAAGAAAGUGAAAUAAAGUGGUUCCACACCCAGCACUUUACUAAUACAAAAAUACACAGCACUUUACUAAUACAAAAAUUCCCAGCACUUCACUAAUCAUAUAAAAUCAGUUUUGUUAUCCUUAUUCCUUGCUAAAUUUCUAAACAUUCAUCUUUAUUCAUAAGCCUUCCCUGAUUAAGUGUCUUUUGUGUAAGCUAUAAACUAAAGCUCCCAAGGUGUACCAAAAACCUGAUGUUCAUUACGAUUUAGACUAAGGCACCUGAUGUGGACUGAAAGCCAGAUAUUGAAUACAAUGUUUAGUAUACUAACUGCUUAUCCCAAAUAAGUAUACACUAUAAUGUUUGUAUUGUAUGUACCAUCGGAAAAAUAUUGGGCUCAUGAAAAAGAAAACUGUCUUUGAUUUACAGAAGAAAAUUAUUUGAAAUACUCUGAUUUACGCCACUGGCAUCAAUUUUAUCGAACAUUUUAUGGAUCAAAAUAUUUUUAUUCUUCCCUAAAUUUCCACAAAAUUUAUUUUGAUAUAUGAUGCCAUGGUUUGAAUGUGACCUAUGACGAACAUGUGAUCUAGAAAUGAUAGCAACACAUUACUGGUUGAGUUUUGUGAUGAAAUCUCUUUAUUUGUAUGGUUUGCAUUAUGCACAAACAGACCAUAUUUUUUUUUAAUGGAAAUUGGAUCAAAAUAUAUAUUUGAUUUAUACAAUCAAAACAUUUGUAUUACUUUGAAUAGGUUAUUACUUUUAUGUCUUGGAGUAUGGUUAAUUUUGGUAUGCAGUGUAGAAGUAUUCCGUUUUCAUUAUUUAUAAUACUGGUAUAUAUCUCUAUAUUGUUCACUUAAGUAAAUUAUAUGUUCACUGGUAGAAAAUACAAACAUUCCGGAAAAACUAUUUAUAACCUGUAAAUAUUAAGAGAACUAAUAUAAUGUUGCUUAUGAAUGUAAAUGCAAAAUCAUAGUAAAUGUGUCAUUAUUAGAAAGGCUUAAGAAUCUUUCCAUUUUUUGUGAAUCCUGUUUGAAGUAACAAAGACAAUUUGAUACCUUGCUGUUUGAACUGUGGAAGUGAUCCAUUAUCUAGAUAAUAUUGUUGACUGGAAUAUUAUUUUGUCUUAGUCCCUGUGAUAUAGUCUUAGAUGAAUUGCUUAUGUCUCAUUUUAUAUUUAAGGAUGUUCAUGUACUCUUCUCGGGGGGAGGGGGGGGGGUGGGAUUUUCAGGGGUGGCCCAGAUGUCAGAAUCUGUAAUCAGAAAACGUGGGAGGGAGCUGAGUAAGCGUGCUAUUUAUUUUCUGAUACACCAGCAAACUGCAAAUACUUUAGUGAGAAAAUUGUGACGGAGGUCAAAGUCAGAAUUAUGUUGACAAAUUUAGAGAGAAAGAGGACUACAUCUAAUGAUAAAAGGACAAUAUUGUUCAUGGUGUUUGUUAAAACUGAAAUUAUCGAGUCUUUGGAGCUUAUUAGCUAUCGACAUAAAUCUUGAUUGAAAAAUAUGUACGGUGUCAAUCCUUAAUUACCCAUCCCAUUACUGAAUUAGAACCCUGGGGAGACAGAAUGCACAUCCUUAAAUGAGAAUAAUACCAUAAGACUUUCAAAUUGUGAGAACAGUGUGAAAUUUGUAUGCAUGUUUUUAUUUUAGUUGUCUGCCGGGUGAGGUUGCUGUUGUAUAAGUAAUUAUGAGACAGACAUCUUGAUUUAAUUUGUGAAUUCUAAUCGAGUUAUUUAUUUGAUAGUGAACAUGAGGUGCCCCUUCCUCUAAAAAUCCUGAAACAAAAUUAUUGCAGCAAAUAUACUUCAGACCUCGUUUUUCAUAUUUUAUUUCUGAUUAGACCCAAUUGUUGUAUACAGAUUUGAUUAGAAGAAACUGUGUGUUCAUCACACAAAGGUGCUGACUAUGAUGAUGCAAUACAUCCCAUUCCAGAGUGUGUAGAUUGAUGAUUUAUUCCACUUAGAAUAUCUAUAACUGUUUAACCUGUGUGUGUGUGUCUGUCUGUAGUGCUGGCUGUUUUGUACAUGUCUGAUUUACAGGUUGUUUGUCAACAUUUAUCCGCACAGAACAUCAUGAUUAGAUUCUUUUCAUAUUUUCGACCAAUCCAUGCAGGAGACAAAUUUCUGUAAUUUGUGCAAACAGCAGUCCAUAUGCCACUCAGCACACCAUGGCUGAAUCGGUACCUCCAUUUAUCUAGUAAAGAGGGGAGAUUAGCCAAAAUUUUAUUACUGAUUUGCAUUUUUUAAAAAUAAAUUUCUGUGUAUGUGUGUAUUUUGCUAACAUUUUUACAUUAGAUAUUUUUAAUUAGUAUGCGAGUGUCAUUUUGGAAUAAGAAUGGGAAGUCUGGGUGGAUUGGUCCUCGGUUAGACCAGCUAAUAGGAACCAGUUUAUUGUUCAGCUGAAAGGCUCUUGUAACACUUCUACGUGGCUGAAAGUGUAAUGCAUAAUUGAUUUGUAAUUAUGAUUUAUCAACAAUAUUUGUUCAAAGUGACAUUAUAGAAAGUUGUAUCUGCGUUUUACUUCAAGGAUUGUGUAUUUCUGAUUAGGUAAAAGCUUGGAAAUAAAGGUGAAUGAGGA